GAUAAAAGACGACCACAAAAGGGCACGGAAACAGAGAGAGUGGAGUAGGGAGUGUGUGUUUGUCAGUACUACUCAGCGCUCACGACUGAGCCACUGCUCGCACUCCUCCUCCGCUCUCUCUCUCUCUCUAAUUCUAAAUCUCAGUUCCUCGUGGCUGGGCUAGGGUUCGCUGUUUGGAUCUGCAGCAAUGGAGCUGGAAGACGAGUACCGAAGAAAAGAGCAGCUCGUGCUUGUGGCAAUUGUGGUCCUCGCCUCCCUCGCUCUCGUUUCUUUGCUCGUUGCUUUCAGCUAUUACUGCUACAUCAGCAAUAAGGUCUCGAAGCGCCUCAAGAUCCGCAAAAGUACGCCUCAUUUGUUGACGUGUGCUGGUAAUUCAAUUCUUGAAGGGGGUGAUUUUGAAGAUGGAGGUAGUUUUGCAAAUGUUAAAGAAUUUUCCACUGAGAAAGGGCUCCAAUUGUUCACCUUCAAGCAGCUACACUCAGCAACCGGUGGUUUUAGCAAGUCAAAUGUAGUCGGGCACGGUAGCUUCGGUCAUGUAUAUCGAGGAGUCCUCAAUGAUGGGAGGAAGGUUGCAAUUAAGCUUAUGGAUCAAGGGGGGAAGCAGGGAGAGGACGAAUUUAAAGUGGAGGUGGAAUUGUUAAGUCGGCUUCAUUCGCCAUAUUUGUUGGCAUUGCUUGGGUAUUGCUCAGAUCACAAUCACAAAUUGCUGGUAUAUGAAUUCAUGGCAAAUGGCGGUCUUCAAGAACAUCUAUACCCUGUUAGCAGUUCACAUUCUGUUAGCGUUAAGUUGGACUGGGAAACAAGGCUGAGAGUUGCUCUUGAAGCUGCCAAAGGUUUGGAGUAUUUACACGAACACGUAAGUCCCCCAGUAAUUCAUAGGGAUUUCAAGAGCAGCAAUGUCCUGUUGGACAAAAGCCUCCAUGCCAAGGUUUCUGAUUUUGGAUUGGCAAAGAUUGGCUCAGAUAAAGCCGGGGGGCAUGUCUCCACUCGAGUCCUGGGGACACAGGGAUACGUCGCCCCUGAGUAUGCGCUAACAGGGCAUUUAACAACCAAGUCAGAUGUCUAUAGUUAUGGGGUUGUCCUCUUGGAGCUGCUUACAGGCAGAGUUCCAGUUGAUAUGAAGAGAACUCCUGGGGAAGCUUCCAUUGUUUCUUGGGCUUUGCCAAGGCUGACCGAUAGGGAGAAGGUGAUGGAUAUAAUGGAUCCUUCACUGGAGGGUCAGUACUCCAUGAAGGAUGUGGUUCAAGUAGCAGCAAUUGCAGCCAUGUGUGUUCAACCGGAGGCGGACUACAGGCCGCUGAUGGCUGAUGUUGUCCAAUCACUGGUUCCACUGGUGAAAAAUUUUAGGACAACUUCAAAGAUCGGUAGCAGUUCUAGUUCCAGCGCUACCAAGUCACCUACACCACACGACAAUGCCAGUUCAGGAGACUGAAUCAAAGUGCAAGUUGUCUCUCGACGGUCGUUUCUUGUUAGCUAAUGUAGAUUUUAGACUAUUUUGAGCUGUUGUAAGAAAUCUAUAUCUGUAUGCUAACCGUUUAUUGUUUUCGCUGAAGGCAGUUACCGACCACGUCGGUGUCUCGUGGAAGGAUCCGAAUUCAUAGAAUGUGCAGUUGAUCCCCCAUUAGUUGUAAUGUAAUUAACGUUGGAAAUGGGGAAGGCUUUUUUUAGAUUGUAGGCUACCUGACCCUUAUUUUCAAAAUACAAAAGCUUGUAUUUGUAUUUGAAUUCAUAGAUUGUAGGCUUUAAGUGUAAUUGAUGGCUCUGUAAAAUAACUGUGUUGAACUGAUUGUUUGGACCAUAUAGUUGUUUUUUGUCAAAUAA